UUCUAUGGACAGCUCUGCAUCUCCAGACCGGCAUCAUGAUUAUCAAGAUAUUGAGAAAAACAUCAUCAGCGAACAAGAUCAUUCAAAAGGAGGCUGGACUGCUGCCAUCUUCAUCAUCUUUGUCGAAAUGGCAGAGAGAUUUUCUUACUAUGGCAUGUCUGGUAACCUCAUCACCUAUCUCACAAAUGAACUCAAGGAACCAAUCCCUGUGGCUGUCAAAGACGUUAAUACUUGGACUGGUGUCUCAGCUCUAUUACCUCUUCUUGGAGCCUUCAUAGCCGAUUCCUACCUCGGUCGAUUCACCACGAUCCUUGUCUCCUCCAUUAUUUACUGCUUGGGAAUGGGUUUGUUAACUGUAACAGUUUCCGUUAUUCCGCUGCAUUUGCGCAAAGCAAUGUUCUUUGUGGCACUUUACAUAUUGUCAGUUGGUCUAGCCGGGCACAAACCAUGUGCGCAGACGUUCGCGGCGGACCAGUUUUCAGAGGAUUCGCCGGAGGAAAGGAAGGCAAAGAGCUCCUUCUUCAACUGGUGGUACAUGGGGAUUAUUGUUGCUGGCUCUGUUGCCGUUUUGGUAGUCAUAUAUAUCCAGGACAAUGUAAGCUGGGCGGCAGGGUUUGGAAUAAUGACAGGUUCCAUACUGGUGGCACUGAUUAUAUUUCUGUUGGGAAUCAAGAAGUACAGGAAGCAAGAACCCUUAGGCAGUCCCUUCACCAAGGUGGCUCAAGUCUUUGUCGCAGCCGUCAGGAAGCAGCACACCAAGGUCACAACCGGUGACAGUUCCGGUGUGUACUUCAGAGACGACACGAGUCCGCAACGACCACUUUCUUCGGUGCAUACCAACCAAUUCAGAUUUUUGGACAAGGCAAUGGUCAUUGACGACCUGGAUGCUUCAAGCGAGACAAGAAAUCCUUGGAGACUAUGUUCACUAAAUCAAGUGGAACAAGUAAAGCUUCUCCUACGCCUCCUUCCCAUAUGGUUUUGCUGCUUAAUGUUUGCUGUGGUCCAGUCAUUUGUGCAGACCUUCUUCACCAAACAAGGAAGCUCAAUGAUCCGAUCAAUAGGUUCAUUUCAGAUUCCCCAAGCUUCCCUCCUAAUCUUUGUUGGCCUCACCAUCAUAGUUUUCAUUCCAAUCUACGACCGUCUUUUUGUCCCUAUUGCCCGAAAGUUCACCGGGCAUCACUCAGGCAUUACCAUGCUACAAAGAAUUGGCACUGGCCUGUUAAUAUCAGUAAUCAUUAUGAUUGUUGCAGCUAUGGUAGAAGCCAGAAGGUUAAAGAUUAUAAGAGAUCACAACCUCAUGGACAAUCUGAAAGCAAUUGUUCCAAUGAGAGUGUGGUGGUUGGUUCCUCAGUACGUGAUAUCUGGUUUAUCUGAUGUAUUUGCGUUUGUUGGAAUCCAAGAGUUGUUCUAUGAUCAAAUGCCGGAAGCAAUGAGAAGUUUGGGAGCAGCGUUUUACCUCAGCGUCACUGGAGUUGGAAACUUUAUAAGCAGUGGGAUAAUAACUUUGGUUCAAGUAAUUAGCUCAAAGUAUGGUGAAAAAUGGAUCAGUGACAAUAUCAAUCGCGGUCACCUAGAUUACUUUUACUGGGUAAUUGCAGCUCUGAGCAUAUUGAAUCUGUGUAUUUACGUGUGGAUUGCUAAAGGAUUUGUGUACAAAAAAAAUUGA